AAAAGUCAAUAAAGAUAUAAGAACAUAAUAGAGGUCAAAGCAAGAUGGUGGUUGUGUUCUACAUGUUUGAGUUUUUGUAUAACAUAUUUGGAUCAUCUCAGGAGAUCAAUUUCUUAUAAAGUUUUGAUCUUUUCAAGUUUCAAAAGAAACUUGAAUUUUUGCUAGGACCUGGCAAUCUGAGCCAUCUCUAAUGGAAACACUGAGACACCGUAGACCCUCAAAGAGAAGAUACAGAAUACUCCCAUCAAGUUUCUCUGGUUCAUCUCAAGAACAGAGAAAUUUACUAUGGAAGAUCUUGAAAAAAGUAUCUUUGAAGUUCAACAAAUUUGUCACGGUUGAAAAGUUGAAAGCCAUAGUAGUACACAGAAAGAGAAGCAAUUCAGGUAAGUUCCAGGAGCCUCUUAUGGAUAGUAUCAAUCAUAAUGGGAUUGAAGAAGACCAAAUACCAUUUGAUCAAGUCAUUCAGAAGGUACCCAAAUCCCAAAAACUUCACCACAAUUCAAGGAGAAUGAAAAUAUAUGUCAAAAUCCCAUCAAACCAGAAGACCAGUGUAUUUGAAGCAAAAGAGUUCCAUAUCAUUAAUGACAUCAAAUCCAUGAUUCAGUUGAAGGAGGGGAUCCUAUCAAAUCAGUACACUUUGGUUCAUGGUGGAAAUCUUCUACAAGAUUACAGGUCGUUGGCCUCACUUAACAUUCAUACAGAAUCCACCCUUCAUAUGAUUUUCAACCCAAGAGAUGUGAUGUUAAUUUUUGUGAAAAUACCAAGUGGGAAGAUCGUUCAAUUUGAAGUUAAGGUCCUGUACACUAUCCGUGAUGUCAAGCAGAUUGUUGAGAGCUUUAUAGGGUGUUCAGUUGUUGAAUGUAGUAUGGUUUAUGAAGGAAUUGAGCUACAAGAUUUGAAGACCUUAGCUUUCUACAGCAUUGAAGAAAAUUCCACUCUAGAGGUGAAGCCUUAUUGGAUUCAGAUAUUUGUCAAGACAUGGAGUGGAAAAACCAUUACACUUGAUGUGACGCAAUCGAAUACUGUAAGAGAGGUUAAGGAGAAGAUAUUUUGUAAGGUUAGAGUGCCAGUUAUGCAUCAGAGUAUCGUAUUUGCUGGAAAACGCCUUCAAGAUAAACGCUCUCUUUCAAGUUACAACAUUCACAAACAGUCCACUCUCCACAUGGUUAUGGCUUGGUGAAACAAAUUCCACCACACAUUAUGAGAUUGAGUCCUGGUCCUUUU